GCAAGUCUUAGCUGUAGCCUACACACUUAAAUCUUGUGAAUUUUGGAAAAAAAAGGAGUUAAACUUAUAAAUAAUGGGCGAAUUGAUGAAGGAAUUCGAUAGCAUCAAUUUUAGUGUAGACAAGUAUACAAAGCAACUAGUAAAAGAGUGUGUUGGUGGCGCCGACUUGCAAAAAUGUAAAAAAGAAAUUCAUACGUACCGAGAUCAGACUUCAUCCACGCUAAAGAAAUCGGUUUAUGCAAAUUAUAUGCAAUUUAUUGAAACCGCCAAAGAGAUAUCACAUCUUGAAUCUGAAAUGACUCAAAUGUCUUUACUGUUACAAGAGCAACAUAAUAUUUUAUCAUGUCUUACCGAUGGCAAAGGUGUCAGCACUCAACGCGAAAAGGAUAUAGAAACUUUACAGGAAAAUGAGAAUACUCAUGCUACUCGUGUCAUUAAGGAGAUGGUUCAAAACUUUACUGGAAAACUGGAAGGGAAAACAUUUUUAUACGAAGGUGCUUUAAUGGAAUUGGAUAAUAAUGAUUACAGGCCCAUCCAGAGAGUAUUCUUCUUCUUAUUUAACGAUGUCCUAAUAAUUUGCAAAGUGAAACACGAUAAAAAACUGGAAUAUGUGGUUGAUUACGAUCCGAAAAAAAUUGCGGUCAUCAAUAUCAAAGACCUGGAUGGUGUUAAGAAUGCCAUUAAUAUUAUCACACCGGACGGCUCCAAGAUAUUUCAAAGUAUAACAGCAGCCGGCAAGAAAGAGUGGAUAGAACAAUUAGAAGUGGCUUUUCGCUGGGAUCAGCCUGGUCAAAAAUCCAAAAAAGGCCCAGCUCCACAACCACCGAAACGCAAGUCGCAAGAAACUCCUAUCAGCAACAAGCAUCCUUCAAUUGAUCUUAGCCCUUAUAGUGCUCAGACUCAGAUUAAGGCUGCAGAAAACUUCGGUCCCGAAUGGAUAUCCACAGCCAAUGAGGAAGUGCAAACCCUUAUUGCACAGCGCCAUUUUGAAGAUGCUGAAUGCUUAAUUAAACGUUGUCAAGAAUAUUUGGCUCAAGACAAAACAUUUGUAAAUGCUUUGGAAUUUGAAGAACGUGUCCGACAACUGGAAAAGCAACUAAUGGAUGUUUUACUUAAGGAAUUGUCUAAAUGUCAUGCUCGAAAUUUACAAGUGGCUUUAAGGUCGUCCCGUCGUUGUUCACAAAUUCUAGUUAAUAUGGGUAAAGCACGCCAAGCAUGCGGUACUGUUCUAAAAGUUUGCUCCAUAGCUUUGCGUACAGCGCAAAGAGAAGCACGUCGCAAUAAUAGUGAAAUUUCCGAGUUAUUUUUUUGUGAUUUAGCUCAGGUUGCCUGCGAUUUUAUAAAUGUUUUUGAAAACCAACCAGCAUGCGUUAGUGCUCUGGUUGUUUGGUGUAAUGCUGAAUUACAAUAUUUUGCUAAUCAACUAAAAAAGCACUACUUAACUAAAGGUAGUCAUCUGGAGGCUAUAGCCAAGUGUGUAGAAGGUGUGCGUAACCCGUGCGCAAAGCUAACAGAAAUCGGUUUAGAUCUUUCCUAUCAUCUCGAAGGUUUAUUAAGAGCCGAUCUCGAUGAACUUAUAAGAGAAUCGAGAACACGCCUUUUAGAGACAAUUGGCCGUACAGAAGAUGUCUGGCAGCCUUACAAUUUACAUACGAAAACAAAUUUAAAACGUUUACUCAUGGAAUUUGAUAAUUUAGGCAUGGAUAUGCGUGCCCAUGCUACGGGAGAUACUUGGAUUAAUUUAACUCAAUCCACGGUAAACUUUACGAGACACUUCCUGCAAGUGGUCAAUCAUUGUGCUUAUUUGUCCAAAAGUGAAGCUUUAUCUCCAAGCUGUCAAAUAUUAUUAAGCGACUUGCUACAAGCUCAACUAGCGGUCAAACCAACCACUGGUCUAAGUGUUGACCCCAAUUUUGUGGUAAAAAACAAACAAUUCCUCGUUGAAGAACUACUGCCAGUAGCUUUAAAUAAGUUUCGGGAAAUUAGUGGCAAUGGUGGAGAGUUAUUAUCAACAUUGCAACAGCAAAUGCGUAAGCAACAUGCUCCGAUACCAAAAAGACGAAAUGUCUAUCAGACUGAUGUAUUUUAAAAAUGAGAGGCCACCGUUUUUUUUUUUUUUUUCAUUUAUAAUUGGAUUACACAUAA